UCUUUGUUAUUAAAUAAUAAACUUGUUGAAGAUAAGCGUACGUAAGGUCGAAUCAAUUUGAACUUUUAACUGCAGAGCGACAAUGGCUAAAUACUUCGAAAAUAAAAGGAUAUUAGUGACCGGUGGAUGUUCGGGCAUCGGUCGUGGUACUGUCAUCGAACUUUGGAGACUUGGAGCAACAGUAGUUGCUAUCUCGCAUCAAGAAGAAAACCUACAAAAGUUAAAAAAUGAAUACCCCUCAAUCGAAAUAGCCUGCGUCGAUCUACGAGAUUGGGAUACAACACGAGAAACAGUCGAAUCGCUUGGAAUUUUUCAUGGUUUGGUAAACUGUGCGGGAUUUAUACAGAAUCAACCAGUUCUAGAUUGCUCCCCGGAUAUUUUUGACCAAACAAUGCAAGUAAACGUUAGGGCUAUAGUAAAUAUAUCCCAAAUUGUCGCCAGGAAAAUGAUAGAUAAUAAAAUUUACGGUUCGAUUGUUAACAUUUCUUCGCAAGGGUCAAAAGCAGCAUUAAAAGAUCACUUAGCCUAUUGCACAUCUAAAGGUGCUUUGGAUGCAAUGACUCGUGUGAUGGCAUUGGAACUAGGACCUCAUGGUAUUCGAGUAAAUACUAUCAAUCCAACUGUAAUAAUGACAGAUUUGGGGCGAAGAGCUUGGGCAGAUCCUGAGAAAGCACAAACUAUGCUUUCUAAAAUACCUUUGGGCAGGUUUGGCGAAGUACAAGAAGCAGUAAACGCCAUAGUUUUCCUUCUCAGCAACAAAUCCAGCAUGAUAAACGGUGUCCAUUUACCUGUUGACGGGGGUUUUCUGGCAACAUAAAUAAAUAAAUACACAUUCUUUUAUCCACUUUAUUGUGCUAAAGGAAUCAAUACAUACUGGACGUUGAAAACAAUGCAAGCAUAAUAAUAGAUUUUAAUAUCGAAAGCAUAAUAAUAUGCUAAGCUGACAACCCCUUAACAAAAUGCAACCGUACCUCUCGGGCCUAUAAUUUAUCAUUAUGAAAACUAUUAAGAAAUGCUUUAUCCCUAUCAAAAUUCACAUCAAAGCUUAGCACAUUAAUUCUAAGAUGAAAAUCAAAAAGAAAUCGACUUUGAAAAGCAACAUCAACCAAAGAAAUACAUAGUUUAUGAAGCUUCUAUUAUGCUUAACAUCUACUUCGAUAGGUUUUUAUAUAGGAUAUCUGAAAAUAUUUUAUUUGAAAUACAUAAGACAAGUUUAAGAUAUUAUUAUGCUUCACACAAAGAUCGGCUACAGAAAUGAAUAUGCAAUAAAAAUAUGUCAAAUAA